AUGUCUGGGUAUCAUUUCCUUUACCCAUCACAUCACACACAUUCAACAUCGAAUUCAUCCAAACGACCACGUACAAGUACAGCUAGUGCUAAACAAACUACUACAGCACCUAAAAAACUUUUUUCAUAUACACUUUAUGAUCGAAAAUAUUUCUUUCAACAUUAUCACCAUACAAGUGGUAUACGAUUAAAUGAUAGUAAUCAUGAUAAUGAAACCACUUAUUAUACGGAUAUUACACGUGAAUAUGCUGGUUCAGUUGAACAAUUAUUUAAAAUCUCACUUGAAUAUGCUGGUGUUGAAAUAUCCGUUUCAUCAUCAAUUGAACCAUUAUUCGAAAAAUUAGGCCAAACAGUCCUUGCUUCAGCACAAAUUACACGAUUUGAUGUUAAAAUUUUACCAAAUGAAUCAACAAAUGAAUGUCAAUCAUUAAUCCGUCAUCCUCCAUAA